AGUACAGUACUUAAGUAGUUUUUUUGAGGAUUUGUACUUUACUUGAGUUUUUUUUUUAAUCAAGACUUUUACUUUUACUUCACUACAUUUAAAAGUUAAAAAAUAUACUUUUACUUAGUUACUUUGACAUUUGCCACCUCGUUACUCGUUACAAAUUAAAAUAAUCAAAAAGAUAUCUGGAAUGCGCGGGUCCGAGAGGACGAGUAGAACCACUUACGGUACUCUCGCGAAGAUUAAGGUGAAGGGCGGGAUCUAUGGGCGGGCGGGAUGUGCGUUGCGGCAGAGAUCUUCUUCAGCAUAUGUAAACAUGGCAGCCGCAGAGAAUGUCGACACGCAGGGGGAGAUAGAAGAUGGUUCAGCUUCGGCAGAAGACGACGGUCACCCAUGGUCAUACCUGGCAACAAUGUUCAGCUACCUCGGGAUGGGGGAAAAUACCAAAACCUACCGAAUGAAAUGUAUGUUGUGCCUUCCAAAGUGCCACGAGAUAAAGGCGUUUAACAACUCUCCAUCCAACCUUAAGAAACACAUUGAGAGAGCACAUCCACACCAUCUAAAAAAGUAUGAGCAGCUGACUUCACAGAAAAGAAAGAGGGCUUCGGAAGCUGGGACCUCCACCACCAAACAGACCACCUUGCUGGAUUCCCGAUCCAUCUCUCAGAGUGCAGUUGACAGGGCCAUCGUUCAGUAUGUUGUCAAUGGGCUCCAGCCAUUGUCAACUGUUGAAAAUGAAGCCUUCAGAGAGCUUCUGACAGAUCUCCUUCCUACUGCUAAAAUCAUCACACGGGUCACCCUGAGAUCAAGGAUUGGAGAUUUAGCAAAGGCAAUGAGAAAAGUGUUAACUGAGGAGAUGAGUAAAGUGGAUCACAUUGCCACCACUACAGACUGCUGGUCAGUUAGGAGAAGGAGCUUCCUUGGUGUGACUGCCCAUUGGGUGAACCCUACAGACCUAACUAGACGAUCAGCAGCCUGGUUGGACUACAUCAGGGAGCAGUUGGAGGAUCCUUCAGCAGAUGCUGGGUCUGGCUCAUCUGAUGAGGGAGACUUCUUCCACAUCCUGAAAAGUUCCCACAAAACACCACGCGCCACCAAACAGCUUGAUUCGUACCUGGCCUACACAACAGAUGACAUCAAGAUUCUCAAGACAUUUCCUGUGGUUCUCAAGUUAUCUGUCAAACUCAACAUACCUCUGCCUGCUUCUGCAGCUUGCGAAAGGCUGUUCAGCAUAGCAGGUCUCAUCUUCAGCCCAAAAAGAGCACGGUUAGCUGCAAACACUUUUGAAAAUCAGCUUCUGCUGAGGAUGAACCGCAAGUUCAACUUCUCCACUUGA